CCUCGCCGUCUCUCGCCGAUUUGGUGGAUCUCGACGGUAAGGUCCACCAGCUCCCCUGCUCCAUCAAGUACGACGGCCCUUCCUCUGUUUCCCACUAUUUCAAACCCAAACCCACUGGGUACGGAUCUAUUCUUUCUUUGUAAUUGAAUAUGGCCAGUGGUCCGGCAUCGUUUUCAGAUAUAGGCAAAAAAGCAAAAGACCUACUGACCAAGGAUUACAACUUCGAUCACAAGUUUACCCUGUCAUUGCUGAGCUCCACUGGGCUGGGACUUACAGCUACUGGUUUAAAGAGGGACCAAAUUUUUUUUGGGGACAUAAAUACUCUGUACAAGAGUGGAAAUACUACUGUGGAUGUGAAAGUUGAUACCUAUUCUAAUGUGUCUACAAAAGUGACUGUGAGUGAUAUCUUCCCGAGCACCAAAGCAGCAUUUAGCUUCAAAAUUCCUGAUCACAAGUCUGGCAAGCUGGAUGUGCAGUAUCUCCAUCCUCAUGCAGCAAUCGAUUCCAGUAUUGGCCUGAACCCAAAUCCUCUUUUGGAGCUUUCAGCUGCAAUUGGCAGCAAGGAUCUCAGUUUGGGGGCCGAAGUUGGAUUUGAUACAGCUUCUGCUUCUUUCACAAAGUACAAUGCUGGGAUUGGCUUGAACAAGCCAGAUUACUCUGCGGCCCUUUUGUUGACGGACAAAGGAGAGACGUUGAAGGCAUCUUAUGUUCAUUUUGUGAAUCCUGUGAAUGGAACAACAGUUGCUGCUGAAAUGAGUCACAGAUUUGCCAGCAAUGAAAACUGUUUUACCAUUGGAAGCUCUCACGCAGUUGACCCGCAAACUUUGGUAAAAACACGAUUCUCUGACAACGGGAAAGUUGCAAUGCUAUGCCAGCGUGAAUGGAGGCCGAAGUCACUGAUUACUGUUUCGGCCGACUACGACUCCAAGGCCAAUAAUAAGGCUGGCCCUAGGUUGGGUCUUGCCCUUGCCCUCAAGCCAUGAGGAAUUGAGAUGGGCGACUGUUUUGAAUUUUUAAUACAUUUCUUUCCCAAUUGCAUGAGGGUAUUUAUUAUUACCCUAAUUAUAUUUGAAACCCAAAGAACUAGGUGCAAGGAUGAAA